AUGCUUCCAGCCUUUCUAGAGCGUAUCUUGGGCUACCCAGGAGUCGACAAGACCUCCACAAGCCCUGGCGUAGGCUCAGAUGGCGGGAUUGCGUUAACGUCCGGCAGCGGAGGUGCUAAGAGCAGUACGCAGUACAGGGCUGUCACGCGGCCGUACCGGUGCAGUCAAAACAACCCAGUGCUGCCACCAGGCGACGUUGCCGGCAGUGCUAAAGAUGGCGAUGGGGACGGCACAUCUCUCAAGAGUUCCACGGUUGGGGGCGGCGGCUUCAACUUCUCCAAAGAGUGUAGGUCCUCUUUGAUGAGCAUUGGAUCGUUCAUCGGGAUGGGCACCGGGCAGUCGUCAGUUUCCAUGGUACCCGUUUCGCAAACCUCCAGCGGCGCUUUACACCUCAACAAAUUGGCCGCGCCGACUUUUUCCAGCCCCAUUGCGACUGUGACCUACCUUAAGCAGAACACUCCGAUGACCAAAACCCCUGCCCCUACCACGGCCACCGCUACCACCAGUGCUGCCCUGAGUGGCGAGCAUGCAAGGCGCUUUCAGGAGACACUGUGUGCAGACUCAGUGGAUAUGGUGCUACUGCGGGAGCUGAGCUGGCAGGGUUGCCCGGUCGCCCUCCGGUACGAGGCGUGGAUGUUUCUCACCGGAUGCUGGACGGCACAGUCCGCAACGCGCCAGCCGACCGUGUCGAGGCGCCGCAUCGAGUACGCCUCGUACAUCAACAGCUCCUACGGUAUUGUCGACUGGGACACUGUAUGUGCGAUGGUGGACCGCGGCGUCGACACGGCGGUGCACCGGUCAACUCUCAAGUCACUCGAGCCCACCGCUGGUGCACCACAGAUGGCGGGGACGCCGGGGCAAACAACUCUGACAGAGCUGAUGGCCGUACCAUCCGGCGCCUCGAGUCUCUUGCGUGCUGCGUCGCUCACGACUGGCGGCAACACAACCACAGUGGCUAAUGAGGUCGCCGCCUCUCCGCCUCCGUUGCUUCCGCAGCGCCCACACGGAUUUCAGAGCACGUCUGCUGCCCUUGAGGAUUCCCGCUUGCCGUUGCCGCUCAACACAAGCGGGAGUGACGCGCAACCGCCGUCGCAGCUGUUACCCCACCACUCAGUGAAUCUCCUGACAGCAAGCUCUUCCCUGGGCACUCUGCCAACUCCUCCUGGCUCCUCGCGCCGCGCCUCCGCCUCGGUAGGGCCCACAGAUGCCGCCAGUGCCAGCUCGCCUUCUCAUCCCCAAUUUUCAGCACCGCCACGCCCGGCGCUGGAGGUGCUCAGGUUGCCCAAUGUUGUGCCAGCAGCAGCACCAUCUGCGGCCGGUGGCGGUCCUGGCGGGGGGCUAGGGCACCAGCUUAGCGCCAGCACGAUGCUGGGCUCGAAGGAGCUGCAAACCCUGAAACAGAUCCGCAAGGACAUCCCUCGAAUGUCCGGAGGCCACUGCUACCUGCGCCACCCAUGCGUGCAGGGCUCCAUUGAGCGCAUCCUGUUCAUCUGGUCCCUCCGCCACCCGGCCUGUGGCUACGUGCAGGGUAUGAACGACCUUGUCGUCCCGUUCAUGGGUGUGGUGCUGGGUUACCGCUUCUGCUCGACUCGCUCGGUUACAGAGCUGCACGCCUACACUGAGGAAAUCCUCAACCAUCUGUGGUCCGCUUCGGCAGUGCCGGUCACGCAGUGGAUUAACGAGGUGGAGGCGGAUGUGUACUGGAUGACAUCGUAUUUACUCAACACCAUCCAAGAUAACUAUACGAGCAGCCACGCAGGGAUCACGACCAUGAUGCGGCACCUUGCGGCGGUCGUGCAAGCUGCAGACCCGCCACUCUACCAUUGCUUGGUGAAUGUCUUACAGCUCCAGUUUGAGCAGUUUUCCUUCCGGUGGAUGAACUGCUUGCUAAUGCGCGAGCUGACCGAAACGCAGUCGCUGCGGCUGCUCGACGCGUAUCUGUCGGAUGAAGCGCGGCGGUGGAGUGUCACGCACGUGUACGUGUGCGCGGCCCUGCUGCUACGCUGGGGCCCGCAGCUGAUGGCGUUUAGCGAGGACUAUAUCAGUGCACUGAGGUUUCUGCAGGCACCACCGACGGAGCAGCUGUCACUGCGCGACAUUCAGGACGUGCUCUCAGAGGCCUUUGUGCUGCAGAACCUGUAUGAAGCCUCCUUGACACGUCUGUCUUCGACCGCGGAGUGA